AUUUUAAGUAGUGUGUAAAAUCAUAUUUCAGCAGCUGAGAGUACACUCACAUGACAUUUCUCUGAGCAUGCUGUUUAACCAGCUCGUGCAAGGUGGUUAAGCUAGCUUUAACAACUGCGUAGCUCGUUUAUAACUGGCUUUAAAUUUGGUUUUAACCCAAAAGUUUUAACUGAAGCGGGAGUAUUAGUCAUCUUUUACAUUCGGAUGGUCUUCCUUGAACUGGCACAAUGAUAAAGCCAAACUGUGUGAACCUGGAAACCUUCAUGGAGAGGUUCACUCGACUGGAACAGAUGAUCACAGAGGUUCAUGGCAAGAACAACAUGUUGGAUGUCGCGCUGGAGGAUGCCAAUAGAGUCCUGAAAUUCUAUGUGACCAAGGAGAAGUUUCUGAUUGAAGAGAAGACCAGCCUUCUUGAUACUGUGAACAGUCUACAGCAGACUCUGCAGGAGCAGUGCAACCUGAGAGUGGAGAAUGAGAAACUGAAGAAAGACAUGGCCGACCUGAAACAGCAGUGUGAGAGAGCGGCAGAGGACAGAGAGGCUGAGGUUCAGCAGCUGGUCAGUGAAAUGAGAGCGGAAGGAGAGCGACACAAGAGGGAGCUAGAGACUGUGAGGCAGCAGUGCAGGAGGGAGGUGGAGGAGGCCCAAAGACAGGCUGUCAAUCAGUUGAAGGCUAAAGAAGCUGAAGCAAAGAAGCUGCUGGAGAAAAAGAAUGCGGAUGUGGAGGAGAUGAAGAAGAGGCUGAAAGAGCAGGAGAGGGAGAGGCAGAGCGAGCUCCUCAAGUUACAGAUGGAGUUUGGUGCAAAGUUAGCCAGAGUUCAGAGCACAGCUCAGCAGAGCCAACAGCAGCAGCAGCAACACGGCUCCAACCUUCUUCCACAGAGUGUCUUCAAGAGGAAGCUGCAGUUCUUCCAGGAGGAGAAGAACAAGGAGAUUGGGGCUCUGCGUCAGAGAAUCGAAGAGCUGGAAGAGACCCAGCGGGCCUGCAGCCUCAGCGACGGCCGUCUGAAGAAGAGAAAGAUAUAAUUUGUUUAGAGGCUAACGAGCUGUUGAUCUGUCAGCUCUGCGGGUGCACAGGAGGGGCAGAAGUGACGGAAAUGUUUUUAAACUUCCAGAUUUGUCUUUUAGCCUGAUUUAAAAGCAUUUCUUUUAACUAUGCUUCUGUGUUGUGCACCGUCAUACUUAGUUAGGUCUGCAGUUUCACCACCCAGCGUGCGGGUGACCAUUGUGCAGAGAACACAUUUAAACAUAGGCUGUGUUCCUGUCUAAGGCUUUAAUCUAAUCAGACGCCUG